AUGACAGCACUUCAGUCUGGUUGGGGCAGCUCAGUCCUAAACGACAUACUAUGGACUCACGAGCUGCGUCUAGCUUGCAAACACUGCUGCCAGCAGGAGACGGAAAUUACGUACUCCGUUAUUCCUGUGUGUCAUCAGUGCACUGGAGAUGUACUCCUGGCCAGACAGAAAGGUGGCACAGGAAGAUGGCGUCCCGUGUCACGACGGCCAGGGUUCCCCAGCCCGCAGAGGUACGCGGUGUGCUGGCAUUUUGAGGACGGGCGGGGCUGCACGAGACACGGCACCCGGUGCUCCUUCGCGAGGAGCGCGGAGGAGGCCGCGGUGUGGGACUUUCAGAAGAGGCGAAACCUGGAGCACGCCGAGCUCAUCGCCCUGGUCGCACAGAUUCAGUUUCCCAGCCCGAGGGUUCACGCGAGGCCUCUCAGCGUGGCGGAGAGGAUCCUGAGCUAUUUCCCCGGCACGUUCCUCCAGUUCUGUGAAUCCUGCUUUUACAGCUCCCCCCAGACGCUGACCCCGCAGGGACCAACCAUGGCUUACUGUUUUGGAAACAAGCACCCGUGGAAGCCAAUACUGGUUCUUUUCCAGCAAGGGGAAAACGGCAUAAUUCUGUACAGUGAAAUACGACCCCUCCCCCCACUGAACAUCACACAGUUUCGGUACUGCUGGCAUGUGGAGAGAGGAGACCCCUGCCAGCGCGGACCUUACCGAUGCUGGUUUCCCCACAAUUCAGUAGAGAUGGCCGUGUGGACGGCCGAGAGCCAGGAAGGCCUGAAUCGCUCCGAGCUGCUCUAUUUGUCUCAGAACCAGCAGGCCAACUCUUCACCAGCAGCAGCAGCCUCUCACUCCCAGCCUAAGCUCUACUGCAAAGUCUGCAAGCUCCAUUUCUCCUCCCCUGAGAGCUUCAUGAACCACUGCGCCUCUCUGGAUCACCAGAGGAUGAUCUCUGAGGACAUGACCACAGAGUGGAAAUAUCGCGACCCACCUGAAAACAUCAACCACGUGCUUCAGCUGUGUGACAGGCCUUCGACGUGUGUGUACGGGGACAGGUGCACCGCAGCGCAUUCCGAAGGAGAGCUGCUGGAGUGGUGUCUGAGGCACAGGACCGCAGUGAGGAAAGCCAGAGCAGCCGAGGCAGAGGGCUUACUCUCGUACCAGGACCGCCUCCUGACUGAGUACAGGAGCACCCUGAACGAAAUCCUCAUCAUGUCCGAGGUGGUGCCUGGUGUCACUGUCAGCUGCAACAAGGAUUUGACUAUUUAUGGUCAACAGGAACUCUUGCCUCUCAAAUGGACUUUCACAAUACAGUCAGAGAGGCCCCUUAUGGAGGUUGCCUUACUGAAACAGCAGCCUGGAGCCACGUUCACUCUGGGUGAAAUCAGUGAUGAAGACCCUUGGACGUACUCCGUUGGAGAGAGGUUCUGCACCUCAGACAUGUCCUAUGAUGUUCCUGUCUCCUUCAAGGCUGUCAGCCCAGGCCUGUAUGAGCAGUGGCUGGUGUUUGACUUCGACAUGAGGCCAGUGCUGCUGCAGAAGCUUAAGGUGAGAGUAGGCCAGCACAGCUCCAUCCAGCCUGUGGAGGCAGCAGAGCGCCAGAUGCCUACAGUGCAGAGUUUGGAGAGGUGGCACCAGGGAAACAGACGCAUCAUUCCCUGUCUGAACAAGAGUGAGGCCGAGGUAGAGCUACUGAAGGAGUACAAGCCUCCUCAGAUAAACCUGCAGUACAGCCCAGGAUCUGAGAGCAGCAUCUCCAUCACCAGCCAGAACUACAGGGAGAGAAUGCACAGCUUCCUUUACACAGAGGAGCUGGCGCAAGAGGAGGUGGUGUCCAGACUGAGUCUUCGAGUGAUUAUCUCCUUGACGGACCAACUGCCUGAGUUUCAGAAGACUGCUCCAAGUGGAGAACUCUUUGCUGCAGUCCCUGUGUCAUACAUGCUCACCCCUGACACGCCAGAAGGCUUCAUCCUAAAGAGAGAGGUCCGGUCGGCCCUUGUAGCUCUGUCAUCUAUGGCGAAACGGUGCAAUCGCGUGUACGAAGCUGUUAUUCUCCCAGAUGUCAUCAGUGAGAACAGACUGUACCUGCAGCUCUCCAAAAACUGCUGCUCUGAACUGCGCCUCCUGAACGGCACUUCCUGCAAGAUGGAAGUCCAGUUUCAGCUGAACCGCCUGCAGUUCUGCGAGAUGCACAAGGCCGUCGACCUCCUUCCACAUGUAGGGAUGGUUUUACCAGACCUGAGGCAGUGCUGUGUUCCGGAGCACCACGGACAAUACCCCAGGCUCAACACUAAGCAGCGUGCCGCCAUGUCUUUCAUCCUUGGGGAUUCAGAUGGCAGGAGGACUGUGGCACCCCUGCUAAUUUAUGGACCCUUUGGAACAGGGAAAACGUUCACUCUGGCCACAGCAGUCAAGGAGUUGGUAUGCCAGCCUGGCACCAGAAUCCUUAUAUGUACCCAUACAAAUAGCUCUGCAGAUUUGUACGUCAAGGAUCUCCACCAUCAUGUAAAAUCUGGACACCCUCUUGCUCGGCCUCUCCGCAUAAAGGCGAACAAAAUGCCUGUGAGCACCACCGAUUUCACCAUGCUACAGUACUGCAAUCUCUCCCAUGAUCGCCAAUCUUUCAGGUUCCCUGAAAGAUCCACCUUGGACUCGCAUCGGGUUGUCAUAACGACAACGGUCACAGCAAGACACUUCCAUAAACUGAAGCUGCCAACUGAUUACUUUUCCCACAUUCUGAUCGAUGAGGCGUCUCAGAUGCUGGAGUGUGAAGCUCUGAUACCCCUCGGUCUGGCGGGAGCAGGAACGCGAGUGGUUUUAGCUGGAGAUCACAUGCAGAUGGGGCCAAAGCUCUUCUCAGUGGACGAGGACCAACGCUCCAAUCACACCCUGCUCAAUCGACUCUUCCACUACUACCAGGCCGAAGAAAAUAACCCUGUGGCUUUGAAAAGCAGAAUCAUCUUCAACGAAAACUACCGCUCCACUCAGGAAAUAGUGGACUUUGUGUCCGCUCACUUCUACGUCGGCACACGGGAUGCCAUCAAGGCCAGUGGAAACGUGCCUCCACACCCCAAGUGCCAUCCUCUGAGGUUCCACCAUGUUUGCGGGGAGUGCCGUUUGGACACGGCGACGAUGUCCUGGUACAACCCCGACGAGGUUGCAUGUGUUGUGGACGUAGUGCAGAGACUGCUUAAAGAAUGGCCUGAAGAGUGGGGACAAAAAGAUGAGAAGAUGGUCUGUGUUCUUUCUGAAGGCAAGCAGGUUCUUCAAAUCAGGGAGAAGUUACGAGAACUGAAACUGGGGAGAAUAACCGUGGAGAAUUCACAAAACGUGCAAGGCAAGCAGUUCCGAGUCGUAGUGAUGACAACCGUUCACACGCGAGACAGCUUGUGCUCCUCUGACACGGCCUGCCUGGAGUUCUUCAACGAUGCGAGGGUGCUGAACACUGUUAUGACCAGAGCGCAGUCCCAGGUCGUGGUCGUGGGGGACGCCGCGGCUCUGUGCUACUUCGGGAGGUGCUCGAAGAUCUGGAAGAGCUACAUCGAGCAGUGCAUCAGGAAGAGAAGCGCUGAACCUCGGCACCUCACGGAGGACCACGUGGAACAAGAAGUGAGGGAAAUCUCAAGAUUCGCCAAGAGAGUGGAGGAUGAUGGCAGCGACACUGAAUCAUCAACAUCGGAUAUACCGGACAUCGAAGACCCCAUUCUGAAGGAACUCCUGGAUGAGAAUAGAGAUGUCAGGGUUUCAGUAACCUCUGAAGGGCUCCUGGGUAUCAUUCGUGAGGAUCAGUUGAGUGAAGCAACAGAAUUCUACGGCCAGGAAAAAGAAUCACACAGAGAUUGCUCUGCUCCACAUUUACAAAUACUGUUACUGACAAACCCUCAUGUCUACAAGCGUUGUGAGAUCAUUAUGCAGAGGUAUGAUUCAGGCUAUGCCAUAGAUCUCGACCAGCCCACACAACGCAUCGACAUCAACGGCAGAAAGAACGUUGGUCGCUCUCUACCUGGAGAUCAGGUUGUUGUUGAGAUAUUAAACAGCGAGAGCUUUCCGCCGAGUGGUAGAGUGAUAGGCAUCCUGAAAACAGAAGACUCACCCGAGUUUGUCUGUACCAUCGAUGUCCACGAUCCUCAGGUAAUGACUCCCAUCAACAACUGCGUUUCCAAAAUAUACACCCCGUUUUGGAAGGACAAACCCUACUACAUUGCAGUCCGGAACAAAGAAGACGAACGUUUGAGGCCAGAAAAGUUUGUGAAGAUAAAUGAGGAGUCAAAGAGGAACAACCUUUUUGUCGUCAAAAUCUUGAAGUGGCGACACAGGUUUAGAAACCCUUUGGGAGUUGUUGUGAAAGUCCUGCCAAAAGUGACAACUUUAGGGGGUGGACUAGAAGUUUUAGAAAUAGAAUACAAACUGUCAAGGGCUCCUCCCUCAUCUGUCCAAGAAGAGCUGAACAAGUACAGGAGCUUAAAAGCAAAUGGAGAAGGCAGAAAGGAUUAUCGCGAGUACAUGACUUUUACCAUUGAUCCAGUGAGUUCAAAGGACCUGGAUGAUGCCAUCAGUGUGAGAGACUUAGGUCGACUUUACGAGGUAGGAGUCCACAUUGCCGACAUUGCAAGCUUUGUGACCAAGGGCAGUGCGAUCGACAAAUACGCCGAGCAGCAAGGGACGACAUUCUAUCCCCCCGAAGAGGAGCCUGCGCAUAUGUUUCCCAAGUACCUGAGCGCAGACUACUUCAGCCUUCUGCCCGGAUGCGACCGACACGCCAUUUCACUGAUGGUGGUGGUUGACAAGUCGACGCACCAGAUCCUUAGCUGUGAGCUCACCCUCUCGGUGAUACGUUCCAAAAGAAAGAUGUCUUACGAAGACGCUGAGGAAAUAAUCCAGAAGGGCUGCGGAAGAGGCCAAAGCUGUGACACUUUGGAGGGCUGCCUUGCCAUGGCGAGUCACUUUGCCGAGAUUCACCGAAGGGCCAGACUGCUGGCAGACUGGUGCUAUAAGCAGCCUGAAGAGAAGGUGGAUAUGGGCAACAGAAGGUCACACAGGAUGGUGGAGGAGCUCAUGAUCAUGUUUAACCACGCUGUGGCUGAUCGGCUGAUCACUAUUGAGGCAACGAGGAAUUUGACGCCAGUCAGAUGUCAAGACGAACCCGACCCAGAGCAGAUGAGCCAGCUAAAAGACAAGCACGACUCCUUGAUACCUUUGUCCAUUCACCUUUCUUACCACCUCGAUGGGAGUGGAUGUCUUGACAGAAAACAGGAGCUCACAGCAUCCGGAUCUCAUAAGAUGUUGAUGGCAAUUGACAAAACAGACCAACAAAACAGAGUCUGUGAGAACUCAGUCAUGCCUGUCAGUCAUGAUACCUUCAGUGUGCUCACAUCCUUUUUAAAGAAUCUCGAGUCUGCAGCCCAAAGCAAGGAUAUAUACAGAAUGAUCGACCUGAUUACAACAGAUGACAUCCACCCCCAACUGCUGCCUGCGGUGACUGAACUAAGGAAACUUAUGCAGAAAGCAUACUUCCUUCGCUCUGACUCCUCAGUUAAGUCCAGGCUUGGGCACUAUGAUUUGCAGCUGGACUCCUACACCUGGGCCUCCUCACCCAUUCGUCGCUACAUGGAUAUAAUUGUGCAGAGGAUGCUGCACUCAGUCCUUGAAAACACAGAGGUCGGAUACAGAAAGAAAGAAAUCGACAUGCUUUGCGCAGACUUCUCGAAAAAAUACGCGAGGCAAACCGAGUACGACAAAAAAGCAAAGUCCCUGUUGCUGGCGUCAAAACUGAGCCAGCAGAGUUCAGGAAAGGUAGCGUUUGUUGUCGAUGUGUCUCCAACUGGAAAGAAUUUCUAUGUGGCCUUUCCUUUAAACCGAGACUCACUGCCAAACUCGCUGUCCAUAAUGUACAGGGAGUUGCAGUUAAUGGACCAACCAGAGUACAAUGAAGACAGUCACUGCAUGACCCUGAAAUGGGCAAGAAGGGUGUACUCUUUAACAAAUAACAAAAUCCACUCCGAGCUAAAACAGCCCCAGCCUGAUCAGCGCGUAACAUCAGUCCUAAUCAGCACGUGGAAAGACUUGUUGUCUGCUCUCAGGGCAGAGAACUGGAAGAAAGUACAGCAGUCUGUCCAGAAAGUCACCUCAAGCAUCACCAAGAAUGGCAGCAACCGCCCUGAGUCCGACGGCGGCUGGCAGGUUGUGUCGAGAAACUCCUCCAAGAACAACGAAGCCGACUUGGAGCACUACGUCGAAUUGUCUCUAAAUCUAAAGGUUGGGGAAACUCUCCAGGUGCAGCUGGGCACAGAUACAAGGCGGGGGCUGUUGGUCCCCGUGGUGCAGCUGGUGAACAUCCUUCCAAAGUUUGAGAUCUGCUUGGAGCACGUAAAGAACCCAACCGCAUGUUUUUCCAAAUACGCGCUCCGCGCCUCGAAGAGCCGGUACACCAACUACAUGGAGUACCAGAAAAUCUGGAAACCCCUGUGUGAGAUGGAGUCAGCCUCAAACGCCGUGGCAGAAAACGACAGCAUCGUCCUGGAGGAUGUGCAAGUGAUGUGGAAAUCUAGCCCCAAGGAGAAGAUGCCAAAGGGUGUCUUUCGUCUGCCGCUGGAGAAGAAGAAAAAGUGGUCCAUCGAGUGCGAUCUCUUGAAUUGCUUCUUGUGCAUUCGAAUGAGGGGCGUCAAUCAAAGCAUCAGAGGAGAUCAGCCCCCAUCAGACCUGGCGGAUACUGGAUACUUCGUAUGGGUCGCUCAUGGGCUAACCACCAGAGUCACUGACGAGGAAGAGGCAAAGCGGCUGUCCUAUGUACAGAUAGACUUCCGCAUCAACCAGCUGUCUAUGGAAACCGUUCCAGUCUUCAGAAGGGAUGCACUGUUCACAGUGGAGUUGAUCCCAAAACUACUACCUGAUGUACGCAAAGAGGACACCAUUGACAACCUUGUUCAAGCCAAUCAACUUGUGAAGAACAUUGCCCUUGGCAACAGCACAAGCCCCAGAUCUGCUCAUGCAGGUCCUGUAAGGAAGAAACACAACAUUGAAAUAAAAAUUCCUGCAUCAGUGGGCUUGCCUCCCCUGAAUAAAAGCCAAAGAGAGGCCAUCAGCAAGGCACUGGAACGCCCAUUCACUCUCAUUCAAGGACCCCCAGGAACUGGGAAAACAGUUGUUGGAGUCCAUAUUGUAUAUUCAUUCUUCAAGCGGAACCAAGAAAGAGAAACGACUACAAUUACAAGAAAGAGACAAAACAAUGAUGGAGAGACUCCGCGGAAGCAAUGUGUUCUGUACUGCGGGCCGUCCAACAAAUCUGUGGAUGUUGUGGCUGAGCAACUUCUGAAAUUCAAAGAUGAGCUGAAACCGCUCAGGGUUUACAGUGAACAGAUGGAGAUGCUUGAGUUUCCAUACCCCGGCAGUCAACUGAAGCUCUCUCGCAAAACCUUCCGUGAAGAGAAGCCAAACGAGGAACUCAGAUCCAUUACACUGCAUCACCGGAUACGGAUGGAUGGUAACCCAUUUGCCACUCAAAUCCGAUAUUUUGAUAUGAGAAUUCAAAGAGGAGAGGACUUACCUGAUGAAGAAGUUGAAAGCUACAAAAAGCUGCUCAACAAAGCCCGCCAACACGAGCUGUUGAACCACGACGUUGUUCUGUGCACCUGCACUGCGGCCUCCAAUCCAAACUUCACCAAGACCCUGAACCUGCAGCAGAUUCUCAUCGAUGAGUGCGCUAUGGCAACCGAACCCGAAGCCUUCAUCCCGCUCGUCAGCCACAAACCAGAACAGAUUGUUUUACUUGGUGACCACAAGCAAUUACAGCCAAUUGUUCACUGUGAUCUUGUCAAGAGGUUGGGCAUGAGGACAUCCCUGUUUGAGCGUUACAUGGAGAAAGCACUGAUGCUGGAUACACAGUACAGGAUGCAUGAAUCCAUUUGCGAGUUUCCUUCUAAGGAGUUCUAUGAAGGCCGCCUAGAAACAGCUGUAUCACGCAGACCAAGCGUUCUGCAGACUAAGAGCAAGCACUCUACGCCCAUCAUUUUUGGGCACGUGGAAGGGAGGGAGGUCAGCCUGGUGGUCUCCACAGAGCGAGGAAACGAAAACUCAAAAGCAAAUCUAGAGGAGGCUGAACAGGCGGUGCGCAUUGCUUCACUCCUAAUCUCUCUCGCUCAAGUGGAUCCAGGUGACAUAGCCAUUCUGACACCGUACAAUGCUCAGGUGUCCAAGAUAAAUGAAACCCUCUCUGACCGGAAAAUUCAGAACGUCACAGUAAGCACCAUCAUGAAAAGUCAAGGAAGUGAAUGGCGUUACGUGAUCUUGUCUACCGUGCGCUCCUGUCCUAGACCGGAGAUUGACACCGAGCCCACCAAAUCGUGGCUCACAAAGACGCUGGGCUUUGUCAUGGAUCCCAACCAGGUCAAUGUGGGCAUUACCAGAGCACAGGAGGGACUCUGCAUCAUAGGUAACAGGGAGCUACUGAAUUGCAGUGCACUCUGGAGAAGAUUGCUGAAGCAUUACCAGGAUAAAAACUGUGUGGUGGAUCCUGCAAAAGACAUUCAAAUUCAGAAGCCAACUGCAAAAAAGGCCAAAAAAGGUUCCUCUAAAUUUAUCCAGGGGAAGAGAUGAGGACAUA